AUGACCACGGCGUCACCUCCGCAGCCUCAGGUCUCACACUCCAUCACCUCCGCCGGGACGCUUUCGGUGGCACGCUCGGCGGCGAGUUUGUUGCAGCCCCACAGCGAGCACGGCGUCGAGCCUACUCGGUCUGGCCAAGGCGGUUACUCGAUCGUGUUCGACGAUGUCGAACAUUGUUCGACGACGUCACACGCAGCGCUUCGCUACACCGGCUCCGCCGUCAGCCAUGCCGACGAUGGCAGCGGACUAGCGGCCCUCCGACGUUUUGGCCGCGAGCCGGAUGCGCCGUGCAAAGUGCCCAACACUCAGGUGCAUGCACUAACUGCGGGGGCGGCGGGGGCCUCCGCCGUCGCCUUCUCGGCGGACGGCGCCCUGCUUGCGGCAGCGCUGGCCGACCCGUCGGGCCGCGCGCGGCUCGCUGUCUACCACGCGGCGUCGGGCGCGCUGCUUCGGCGCCCGGCUGAUGUCUGUCUCGGGAGACGGCACGGCGAAGACGGGGGUAUCCGGCUGUGGGAUGGCCGCACUGGCGUGCUGGUCGGGUCGGCGGUGGGGCACGGCUCGCGCGUCAACGCGGUCGUAUGGUCGGCUGACGGCGGCGGCUGCUACUCUGCCGACGCGCUCGGCGCCAUCAAGUUUUGGGAGGCGGAUUGGCGUGGCGCCGGCGGUGGUGGCGGGCUCAAAUGCAUCCAGACACUCAAGAAGGAGGGCGGCGCGGCGGUCGACUCGCUGAGCCUGCACCCAUCCAAGCGGCGGCUGCUGGUGCAGCUGCGCAGCGGCGCGCUCAUCGGGCUCGACACACGCACAUACCACUUUUCGACGCGCUACGUCGGGCACAGCACCGGCGAGUAUCACGUGCGGGCCGGCUAUUCGCCCGACGGGCGGCUGGUCUUUAGCGGCGACGCGAAGGGAGGGCUCCACGUGUGGGUCGAGGAGACGGGCGCUGUGCUGCUCGAAGGCCGGGCCAUCGGCCUGCUGGGCCCCCUCCUGCAGGUGGCUUGGAGCCCCGUCGAGCACCUGGUGGCCUGCGCCGCCUUUGGGCCCGGCAACGCGUUGAUCACGCUCGCGCACGACUCGCGGCGGGAGAACUCGUCUGGCUGA